CGAGAGAAGGGAGGGUUAUUUGGCAUAUUUGGCAGGAGAGGGAAGAAAGAAAUGAGGGAGGGCUGUUUUUGAGUGUGUGUGUCUGUGUGUGUGUGUCUGAGAAAUGAGAGAGAGAGAGAGAAAGAGAGAGAGAGAGAGAGAGAGAGGGAAGGAGGAGGGCACUGAGCUGAGAGAAAUCUGUCAGAUUCAAACACACUGCUCUGUGUGUAUGUAUGUAUGAGAGAACAAGGGAUGAAAAGAGAGGAGGAGAGCUGAAGAACAGAUAGAAAGAGACAGCAGAGGACCACAAAGUGAGGCCGCUUCACUCAAUGGAUCAGCACUCAUAUCAGAAACCUACGGGAGUCCACGAACACAUUGACCCGACUGACAUCCCCGCAGAGCGCAGCCGAUCCACACCGAUGCCGUCGCUCUGCACGCAGCUGUAGAGCAGCGAGGCCAAAGGGGUCGGGGGUGAAAGGUCACAGACUACAGAGCCGGAGCAGGCACCGAGGUUGUAAGGUUUCACGAGGGAGAGACUGAAAGGCUACGAGAAGACUCUGGGUUCGGGAAGGAAGGUCUCAGUGGCAGACAAGAGUCGAGGGGUCAAAGAUGAUGACAUCACAUGGAAAGCUGAGGAGGGAGAAGGGGAGUCUGGCCGAGUACGAAUCGCAGAUGAAAGACCUGCGGGCCCAGCUGACAGACCAGAUCAAGAUUUUAGACUCUCAGGUGGAGGUGAAACAGCAGCAGCUCUCAGACCUCUCAGAGUUUCUCCGGCGCCGAGGCGACAUCGAGGCCGAAUAUGCACGAGCCCUCGACAAACUCACCGAGCGAUUCACCCACAAGACUAAGAAGAAGGAGCAGUGGGGUCAGUCGGUGUGUCAAGUCUGGUCUGUUUUGCUGACUCAGACUCGUCUGGAGAGCCGGGAACACGCAGCGCUGGGUGACACAUGCUGCAACACACUCACACAGGGGUUGACACACAGUACGGAAGAUACACACCGUCUGCACAAACGGAGCAAAGAAGUUGGCAUCCAGAUGCAGGAUGAGUUGCUAAAGGUCACCACUGAAAUGCAGACGGCUAUGAAGACAUAUAACCAAUACCACACAGACUGUCUGAUAGCUGAGGGGAAACUGAAGGAAGCCGAGCGGUUGGAGGAGAGGCAAACCGGAAAGUCAGCUGAGCUCGGCCUUGGCCAAUCAGGAGGGCAGAGGCGGAGCUCCGUCAAGAAGAUGGAGAGAUUAAUGGAAAAAAGGCAUGGCAGAGUGCAGGAGAACCAGCUGAAGUGUACCAAGGCUCGUAAUGACUAUCUGCUGAAUCUAGCAGCAGCCAAUGCAGCCAUGAACAAGUACUACCUGCAGGACAUCAGCACUCUCAUCGACUGCUGUGACCUGGGCUUCCAUCUGUCCGUGGAGAGGGUGAUGAAGUGCUACCUGGCCAGUAGGUGGCGCAUCCAGAAGACAGAGGAGACCGGUCUUAAGCAGCUGGAGGCUGCCGUGACGUCCCUGGACCAGGGCGGAGACAGAGACGCGUUGCUACAGCAACAUGAUGCCGCUUUCUGCCUUCCUUUCAGAUUCAACUACCAUCCACAUGAGGGAGACCAGGUGUGUGAGGUGAGUGCGGAGAGCCAGGUGAGGUACGAGCUGGAGACCAGGUUCCAGCAGCUUCAGUCUCGACUCGCUGCCGUUACCUUGGAAACAGAGGAGGUCAGUAAAACGCUUAAAGCCACACUCACAGCCCUGCUGGACAAUAUGUGUGAAAGCGACUGUAACCCCUCCCCCGACGUGCUCAGCAGCCUAUCAAAUGAGCCCCCUGGAGGAAACACCGCCCAAAAACUUGCAAUUGCCAAGCGUCGAGCCAAUCAGCAGGAGACAGAGACCUACUAUUUUACAAAAGUGAAGGACUUCCUCAUCAGCAGUUCUCUGAGCGUCAAACUUCAAGCCAAACAUGACCUUCUACAAGAUGCCAUACAGAAAGCUGAGGCUGUCGCCAGUGACCCUUCCAGAAUGCAAUGUGCUCGGUCAGUGCGUGUUCGGAAGUCGAGACCUGUUUCCCAAUUCUGCCACACACUCUUCACCACAGACAUAAUCUCCUACAUACAGAGCUCUGGGCAGCAGAUUCCUGUGGUGGUUGAAAGCUGCAUCCGUUUCAUUAACCUUCACGGCCUCCACCAUGAAGGGAUAUUCAGAGUUCCCGGGUCACAGAGGGAGGUUAACCACAUCAGAGAUGCAUUUGAGCGAGGAGAGGAACCACUGUCAGACAGCGAGUGUGACCUGGACUCUGUGGCCGGUGUGUUGAAGCUUUACUUCAGGGGCCUUGAGCCUCCUCUCUUCCCUUACGACAGCUACUCUCAGCUGCUGGAGUGUGGCCAAAUCGAGGGGGUGACAGAGAAAGCUCUCCAGAUUAAAGCGAUUGUCUCCACCUUCCCACGGCCUCUCCUCAUCGUGAUGCGCUACCUUUUCGCUUUCCUCAAUCAUGUGUCUCAGUACAGUGAUGAGAACAUGAUGCUGCCCUAUAACCUGGCCGUUUGCUUCGGUCCAAGCCUGCUGAGGGGUUUGGAUUCUGAUGAUGCUGUUGCUAGGCAGCCACAGGUCAAUGAUCUUGUCAAAACCAUGAUCCUCCACUAUGACAUCAUCUACCCCAGCCAAUCUGAACUGCCGGGCCCCGUCUACGAGAAGCACAUGACUCUGGAGCAGGAGUACUGUGAACCAAUCACAGAGGAGGGAGACGGAGAGACUGAGCCACUGCCCAGUGAGGACGAGUGGGAGGCAGUGGCCAUGUUUGACUACGUGGCGAGAUCUCCAGCAGAGCUGUCCUUCAAGCAGGGAGAGCUUCUCAUCGUUUACAGCAAGGCCUCCUGUGAUUGGUGGAGAGGCGAAGCGGGUGGGGUUAAGGGUCUCAUCCCUCACAAGUACAUCAGCAUGUUGGAAGGAUCAGAGCGAGGGAAAAGAGAGGACGGAGGAGGAGGAGGCAGCACUGGAAACCUGACGGCAGAAGAUCCACAGACGGAGAAUACAACUCGGAUGCGGGUGAACAGCGACAGUGCUUCAUUGCCUGGGAGACAGAGGGGAAGUGAGGGUAGCCCCAAUCGAAAACAGCCAACCUCUCCCGCCACACGACACCUGCCAGUGUCUCAGGAGCGAAGACACACUUUGGACACUGUGAGACAGGGCAGCUUCAGAACCACAGACAGACCUCCGUUCGGUCAGGCAGACAGACCAGCAGUCGACAAGGACAUGAUCAGCCGUCAGAUGAACUCGGUCUUCAAGGAGCUCCUGUCUCGCCAGCCGGCUGUGCCGUCGUCUACCCUCGCCGCCCCUGCCGCCCCUGCUCCCUCUUCCUCUUCCUCCUCCUCCACCUCCUCUUCCUCUCUGCCUCAAGCUGCCCCCACUGCCAAAAAAGUAGGAUUCAGCCUCAGAGGACGGGCCCUUUUCAGACCGGUGGACUAAGUGGGAGGAGAGGAUGAGUGGGGAUCACUGAUUCAUUGUUUAACGAUGAAGAUUAUGCUGAUGCCCAUGAUGCAUUUGGUGAAGUUUUUUUUUUUUGACACAUGUAUAAUAUUUGCGUCUCUGCCAUCUCAUAGUGCCACUAGUCUCGGUGCCGUGUUAAUGUGCGUCCAGUGUGUCUGUUUUCCAGCUGGUUUUUGGUCUUUUUUAUUUUCCGGUCUGUUUUUGUUCACCAGGAGUUUGUAAUUUUCUGGGGAAUGAGGGAUGUGACAUCACCAGACGGACUUGUUAAAGUGGUUGCCAUGAUACUUAAAAACAACAACAAAAUACUUAAGCUGCCCCCCAGUGGCAGGUCUAAGAUCAGAUCACUCUUUUAAUGGUUGCUUCAUUUCAAAUGAAAGAAAACUGAUCCGCGGCCUGAGUGCCUUCACAUCUUUUGCUCUUCACAAGUAUUUCACUUAAAGAGAUUUGAUAGGUUUGAACUCUGCAUAUUAUAUUUAAAAAAGUCAUGUGAUCUAGGAAGGUGUUUAUGGAACCCCAAAGUGUUCAAUAUUUAAUAAGACAUUAUGAAAUAAACAAGCAUGUCAAUAAACUGUGUAAAAUAUAUGAAGGAACAAACAUUUUGUGAAAACAUUUAAGCAAUUCUUAGAAGUCAACACAUUAUUUUGAAAUGUUUUUUUCAACAUGAAUUACUAUAAUAACAUUAACAAUUCAAUUACAUAUAUAUUACUCACUGUCAUGAACAGUGGCAUUAUUAAGACACAUGACAUACCAUUGUUAUUGGGAAAGCUGCCAUUAUGAAAUACAAAUAGACUUUUGAAAAGGCUUUUUGAAAUAAAAAACAGUCCUAAAAAGCUCGACUCUGAUGUUGUUUCAUUAGCCUAGUUGUGAUGAAAGUACAUUUCAUAAUAAUGAACGGAGAUUUAAUCAUUUCUUAAUCUUUAUUUCACAAAUGAUUGUUUUAUUUGUAAACUGUAUGUCACACAAUUCAUUCAUGUGAAUAUUUAUUUCCUAAUUAUUUAUUUAUUUAAUUAUUUAAUAUUGAACAUUUUGGGGCCCCGUAGAUGUUAGCUGGGAAAACUGUAAGCAGUGGGGUCAGUACUUUAUAGCAGCAUGCAGCGUUAGCAAGCACGCACGCACGCAAACACACACACACACACACACACACACACACACACAAAAGACGGAAAAAACAUUCCCCUUCAUAUGUGAUACAUGGUCUGAUACGCAGGCCAAAACUCAGGGCUUUCGCAGAGUUAGAGCCGGGCUAAGUUAGAGUUUCUCACUCAGGGCUUUGGUUGACUUAUUCUUCAACUGGAAACUGUGCCCUAGCCUCAAGAGCCAAAAACGGCCCCCAUAUUAAAGAGGAUUCAGUGACUUCCUUUGGUUUAAACUGUGAAUUCAACAGCGACAUUUUGGAGACGAGAUCGAAAACUCUUUUCUCAUUCAUCCCCCUCUGACUUUAUCUAGCACCAUCCACAGGUCCCCUUGUUUUGAGGAUUAUUGCAGUGAGGUGUACAAUUACUUUGACUUUAUACACAGUGGCUCCCCUCUGUCGUGUUUCAGUAUUAUAAACAUAUAAGUAGAAUCCUUUUUUAAUUGAUUCUGCCUCUAUGGUUAAAACACCCUGUUAUUCUGGAUCACUGUUUGAUGAUGUCACUAAAGUUACUGUGUCCAAUUGUAUGUGUGGUAAAAAAAAAAUGAAUUCAAUAAAGUUGAUGAAGUGAUGAAUGAUUAA